GAAGACAAUUAUCUGGGGUUCUGGUUUCAGGCGUUUCUUUGAACAUUAGCUACGUUAGGUUGUUUUUGUUGACACGGAAACGGCGCGAUUGUGACAGUAAUAUCAAUAACCGUUUGGAUAAAAUUAUUUUCUUCGUUGGAUAAGGAUAAACUUACUGGGUUUUGUUAGUGUGCUCCAUUGCCUGUGGCUGCUGGUGGAGCAAUGUCAGAGAGCUCCAGUGACACGGAGUCCUCCUGUGGAUGGACCAUCAUAAGUAAUGAGGGUUCAGAUAUUGAGACCCUGGGGCCAGAGACUGGCCUAGAAUGUGGGGCUGACCUCCCAGAGAGUACCCAAGUGCUGGAGCCAGGGCUGGUACAUGACCAACCCACCCCUCUCCCUGAGGAGUGCAUUGAAGAGAGGGGUGAGUCAUCUCCUGAUACCAUCCUGAAAAAAGAAGCCUUAGAUGAGACGUUGUCUGCUUUAGAGGUAAGCGGAGAGGUGGCGGGGGACGAGCAUGUGACUCUGUGCUCCUCCAGCGACCACUCUGACAUUGUGACUCUGGGGGACGUGAGGGAGGCUGAGCUGGGCCCUUGGGAUGAGCAGACAGUGGUGGAGGAAGAGGCAGCGACCAGUGAGGAUCUCUACCUGGGAACCUCCUCCAGCAGCCAGUACACCUUCAGCACUGCAGAAACUGCCAGGUUGAUGAUGGGCUGCUGGGAAUUUCCACAGAGUCUGUGGGAUUUGGGCUGUCAUCUGAAAGGGCAGCUGUCUGGCAACCGUUCUCUCUCAGUCUUCCCUUCAGAGCAGCCCGUGGUUGCAAACACAAGCAGCAGUGAGGAUGAGGCAGGGGAGCAGGUCACCUCUGUGGUGCGGAGGCGCAGGGUGAGGAGGUGCACCACAAGUUCCGUAGCUGAGCCUGAAGAGGAGGUGCCAGAGAUUGGUAGUGACAAAGAAGAAACUCCAGGAAAGGGGGCACAUAAGGUGGAGUUACAGCAGAAACCUGCCGUUGCCCCCCCAACUCAGAGCCAUGUCAGCGGCACCCUCAAUAAAUGUAUCCUACUGGCCCUCGUCAUUGCCAUCAGUAUGGGCUUUGGUCAUUUCUACGGGAAAGGUACACUAUGGAGUAGAUGUUUUGAGGGCACUGUACAGGUUCAGGAGAGGCAGAAGAUUGUGGAGAAGAUCAGAGUGAACGAGCUUGGUGAUUCCAAAGAGCUACAACAUCAUUGUCAGAAAGGACCAAGUGUAAUCACCAAGGAUGUGGUUGAAAGUCUGAGAGAAGACCUAGAGGACAAGCGUGACAUGGUGCUGUCCCUCACUGGGAUUAUGGAUAAACUUACAAAAGAGAACCAGGAUCUCAGAUCCAAACAGGCACAGCUUCAGGCCCAGAAAGAAGACUUGGUUGUGCAGCUGAAACAAACUGGCGAGGAAAGGAUUAAGAUUGAGUCUCAGCAAAAACAACUGACUGUGGAAAACCAACAGCUGAAGAGCUCCCUGGAGCACGAGGAGGAGUCCUUGUCCACUCUGCAGGAGGAGCUGAGGAACCUGCGCUCCCAGAUCAGAGACUUAGAAGAGAGGGGGUCUGGGGCUGAUUCUAUCCUGUCUGAGAACCAGAGGCUGAAGGACCACCUGGAGGAGGAGAAGCAGCAUCUCCGCAGCUUCUUGAGCCAGAGGGAAGCCCUGAUGUCUGAGGCACAGAUGUUGAGGAGGGAGCUGGACAAUGAACGGAGGGUGACUGACCAACUGAGGGAUAAGUUAGAGCAGCUGAGUAGCCACAACAUCCGGGCAGGAGGAGAGGCCGACCCGGAGACGGUAGCACUGCAAUCACGGCUCAUGGAGCUGGAGAAGAAAUUGAACUUCGAACAGCAGCGCUCUGACCUGUGGGAGAGGCUCUAUGUAGAAACCAAAGAGGAAAGGGCAAAGGGUGACAAGCAGACCAAAGUCAAGAAGUCAAAGGGCGGUGUGAUUGGGAAAGUUAAAGACACUUUUGAUGCUGUGAAGAACUCCACCAAGGAGUUUGUACACCAUCACAAAGAACAGAUCAAGAAAGCGAAAGAGGCUGUGAAAGAGAAUCUGAGGAAGUUCUCAGAUUCUGUGAAGUCCACCUUCCGCCACUUCAAGGACUCUGCUUCCCGUAUGAUGAAUCGCCGGCAUCAUGAUCGGAGGUUUCAUGAAAGGAAGGAAGCCACGACUGAGCAGCAGGAGUAUCAUGGAGACCAUGGAAACAAGCACUCAGAUGACGAACCAUGGCAGCACAAUACCCAUAGGCCCAUGCACCAGCACCCUCAUAAAUCCACUGACAACUAUUUCCAGGCCAACCGUAACACCCGGAAGUCAGGGGAUAAAGUUGAGGACCCAAACAUCCACAACCAACAAAGAGGAAUGCCCAAAGGUUGCUCAGGGGUUUUCGACUGUGCCUACCAAGAAUCCAUGAGCCUCUUUAACAAAGCCAUGGACCCCAUAAGAGCAGAUGAGUUCAACCAGCUGCUCCGCAGCUAUCUCCAGGAGGAGGUUGGCCACUUCCACCACUGGGCAGAGCUUGAGAACUUCAUUAAGAAUUUCUUCCACAAUGGCGUUUUCAUCCAUGAUCAGAUGCUGUUCACAGACUUUGUUAGUGGUGUGGAGGAUUACUUAGAGGACAUGGAUGAGUACCAUGGUCACAACCAUUAUGUUUUUGAGGAUCUUGAUGAUUAUGUAUACAGGCACUUCUUUGGAGAUACCUACUCCAAACGUUAUGGGCCAAGUAGACCAUUCGAGGGAUCAGACACGGAUACUAAAGAAGAAAGACAGGCUAAGCAGCAGCAGCACAAGCAACAGAGGGCCCGGUCUCGGCCACAAAGGGAGAGGAAGUGGAGCAGAUCUGAAAGGAACACAGACCAACACAUGGCUGAUGUGAAAAUAGAGUUGGGACCUAUGCCCUUUGAUCCCAAAUAUUAAGAAUAAUAUUACCUAAUUCAUCUGUUUUAUAAAGGCUGAUAUUGUAGUUGCAAUAUCUAUGUAGGAUGUUUGGUGGAAAGCCUGCUUAUAUUUUUUUGUGACACUUUGCACAAUGUUCUUUUCGGCUGCCUGAAUGUUCCCUUGCUUCAUGUGCUGUUUCUUAGGUCAAAAUGGAAAUGAUGGUGCAUCUGACUGCAUCUAAUCUCAUCGCACAAAGAAAAUAAUUGCCAUAAAUUAUCUUUAAAUAUUAAUAACUAGAGCAAUUUCACAUGGGAAUACGAGUAGCCUAGAUGUUACAGUUGUUAAAUCUGUGGUACACUCAUUGUCACCAGGUCAGCCAUAACGUAAUGUUCAUUUAUAUUUCUUACUGAUGGAAUUUGUACAAAAUGUUUUCUUAAUGUAAAAAAUUGUAAUUGGGCUGGAUCCAUAUUCCAUAUAUAUGUGUGUGUGUAUAUAUAUAUGGAAAUAAAUAUUUUGUCAGUGACAUUUAGCAUUAUGCCUUCAAAGACACUUCAAUUUCGAUCAUAAAAACAAUUGGGAAGAUGGUGAAAACAAUUACUGACAUUGAUACUGUUGUGGUGCGCAGUAAAACUUGAAGUCACAAUACCACUGAGAAAUAAUGAAUUUCUUCACAUGGUAUAGCAUAUUGCAAGGUGAUUCCACAGUGUAUUUGUCAUUUGCUGCUAUGUUAGAUUUCUUUACAAUGUUGAGAUUAAAAUGCAACUGUGUUAGUUUGCUUUAAGUGAAGUAGUUAAAUUGUUCAGUAACAUUCCAACUAUAGCUUGUUUGAUUGCAGCUGAUUAUUUCCUUUCAAUUACAGACUUGCUGUUGAAAAUUGAUUCAACCUCACAAUAAAAACAAAGUGAAAAUCGA